AUGGUGGCUGCUGUAGCGAGCUCUUCCGUUGGUGAUUCGGUUUAUGGAGAAGACGAUAACAGUAACUCGUUGGAGAAGAGAGUAGCCCAACUGACUGGAAAGGAAGAUGCCAUGUACGUUGUGUCCGGUACCAUGUCCAACCAGAUUGCUAUUAGAAGCCAUUUAUACCAACCUCCACACUCAGUUCUUUGUGAUUACCGGUCUCAUAUUUAUACCGCCGAGGCCGCAGGACUUGCGAUUCUCAGUCAGUCGAUGGUGACUCCUGUUCAUCCCAAGAACAGUGUUCAUUUGACUUUGGAGGAUGUUAAGAGAAGCGUGAUUCUCGGAGAAGAUGUACACACUGCUCCUACCCGAGUUAUUUCUCUUGAGAACACUCUGGGAGGCACGAUUCUGCCUAUUGAAGAGAUCAAGCGGAUCUCGGAGUUUGCCCGUUCCCACAAUAUUAAGAUGCAUCUCGACGGAGCCCGUCUAUGGAACGCCUCUGCUGCUACCGACAUUUCUCUUGAAGAGUAUGGCAAGUAUUUCGACACCAUUUCGCUAUGUUUGUCGAAAGGUAUGGGAGCUCCUGUCGGAAGUAUUCUUGUUGGACCUAAGGAUUUGAUUAAAAAGGCCCGUUGGUUAAGAAAGCAGCAGGGAGGAGGAAUCCGUCAAGCCGGCUGGUUGACCACUGCUGCCAAUAUCGCCAUUGACGAGGUCUGGCCUACCAUGAAAGCCACUCAUGCCAAAGCUGCUAAACUCGGAUCCGAUCUCGAGGCUAUUGGCGUGCACUUCCAACUGCCCAUUCAAACCAACUUCCUUUUCAUCGACUCUGCUAAGUCCGGACUCGACCUUGCCAUUUUCUCUGAAGAGGCCAAAAACGCUGGCGUCAAAGUGUGGGGCGAACGACUGGUUCUCCACCACCAAACCUCGGACCUGGCCAUCGACAACCUCAAAACCGCCAUCUCCAAAGCCCUCAAACGCUCUCACGCUAGCGCCGAGACCUCCUCUGCUCCCACCGGAGCCUACCGCACUCGCAUGACCGAUAACUAG